GCUGCCUGCCGCCGGCCCCUCCGCCCCGCCGCGAUCAUGGCGGGCGGCGUGGAGCUGGGCUUCGCGGCGGCGGCGGGCCCGGAGGACGCGUGGCGGCUGCGCAGCGCCUACUUCCCCAGCAAGGUCGGCGGGCGGCCGGCGUGGCUGGGCGAGGACGGGCUGCCGGGCCCCGGCGCCCUGCGCUGCGCCCGCUGCCAGCAGCCGCGCGCCUUCCUGCUGCAGCUCUACGCGCCGCUGCCCGGCCGCCGCGACGCCUUCCACCGCAGCCUCUUCGUCUUCGCCUGCCGCAGCGCCGCCUGCUACCGCCUGCCGGGCCCCGGGGGGCCGCUCUGCGUGUUCCGGAGCCAGCUGCCGCGGCGGAACCGCUUCUACCCCGAGGAGCCGCCCCCCGAGGAUCCCCCGCCGGGCCCCGUGGCGGCCCCCGCAAGGCUCCGCGGCGGCGCCGCCCUGUGCCGGGUCUGCGGCUGCCUGGGGCCCCGCGUCUGCGGCCGCUGCCACCGCGCCGCCUACUGCGGGCGCGAGCACCAGGCGCUGGACUGGGGGCGCGGGCACCGCCGCACCUGCGGGCAGGCCGGCGACGCAGAUGACUCGGAGAAUGCAAUUCCAGGCAAUGACAAAUUCCUGUUUCCAGAAUAUGAGAUUUUGAUAGAACCUGAGGAACCAGAGUUUCCUGCUGACAGCAGUGUUGAUCCUGAUGAUGACAAAGGAGCUGCAGGUACAUCAAAGGAAGCGGAAGAACAGGAGGAACUCAGAGUUAGUAGCACUACAGGUGAAGCGUGUCAGUCCUUAGAUGAAGAAACACUGGAGGCAAUGGCAAAACAUGAGACUGAAGAAGACAAGAUCUUCCAGAUGUUUAAAGAGAGAAUAGCUGCUGAACCAGAGCAGAUUAUUAGAUACUGCAGAGAAGGGGAAGGCCCAAUCUGGGUAUCAGGGGAAAAUAUUCCCAAAGAACAAGAUAUCCCAAAUUGCGAAUGUGGUGCCAAAAGGGUAUUUGAAUUCCAGAUCAUGCCACAGCUCCUGAACCACCUUCAGGUCGACAGCCUUGAAGAGAGCAUUGACUGGGGAACGCUGGUGGUAUACACAUGUGCUGAGAACUGUGGGGAUGGAAAUGAGUACCUUGAGGAGUUCAUAUGGAAACAAGACUUUUCUGCAAGCUCUAUUGAAUUUCCAUCAAGUUCCUAAGGUGCAUCAUCUAAAUGUUACCUUUUCCUUGUUUAGUGCAUCUGUGCAUUUCAUUUUGCAAGCAGGUAACUGAACUAACAUCAGUGACACCUGUCUAUCUUGUAACAAUACAACUACUUGGAGACCUUGACAGCCUCUUUAUGGUGUUCUAGAGAGCAACUACAACAGGCCAGAUGUACUUAUUAAUUAAUUUUGGUUCAAAUCUCAAUUCUGAAUGUUUAAAUAAAGGUGAGAUGUUUUUGGA